GGCAACGGUCUUUUGUACACAAGGAAGGUUCCAAAGGCGCUCGGCGCAGUGUGUGCUGAGCGCCCCUGGAAUCUUCCCUGUGAGUGGCACUGACAGUUAAAUAUCCUAGGGCACUUGGAAGGUUGCAUCUGCCUGUCAACCUCUGUACGUGCCUUGUACACGCACUGAUUAUAUCCAUAACUGUAAUAACAGGUAGUAAACCAUUAAGCGCAUGCAUACCUCAUGUCAUCCUUCCUUUGAGCCUGCUCAGAGAAGUCGUCGACUCUCGUUGAUUGCUGACCGCCUUGCCCCCCUCUAUUCGAAAUCUUCCAGUAAAUGCGAAGCCAACUAAUAGCUACCCUUCGUAACAUCCGCGAAUGUCUGUGUAUCGAUGUGGAUGAACAUGAUCAACAUGCGUUCGACACUGUCGCAGCCAUAGCACAAGAGGAUUUGGCAUCAGGGCCGAAUGCUCUUCUGACAACAACAACAGUAGAGCCUUACACCGCGCCUAAAGUCUCUCCUCAAACAGAAGAUUCGUCUAAUGUUGCGGAAAUCACACCUGGGCUGCACUCCAGCCCGCCUCAGAGCGACAGACCGGUGCCUGUCUAUGGAGGUCAGCAGACUUCAGUAACGACUAUACCUCGUGUGAUUAGUCCCGAAGAGUGUGCUACGAUUCCAUUUCCCGUGCACCGAGGGUACAAAUUGUCGACAGUGGAACUCGAGGGCGCCACCCUCGAUAUAUUGCCGGUGUCCACUCCUUGUACCUUUCGACUAAUGGACUGCAGACGCUUUGCAAAGGAGCGCACCUUGACCAUAUAUGAAACAUAUUGCAUACCGACGGUCCCAUACAUGACGAUUUCGUACCCCUGGGUCGGCAUCGUAUGCAAUGAACAGGUCCUACAUGAGGGAAAGACUUUCAAAGUAUACACCGCGGAAACUGGUAUCAAUGGCGACCCAAUCAGCACGUCCAUCCUCAAUAGAAUCUGCUUUCUCGCUAUGGUAGACGACAUAAACUUCCUAUGGAUCGACCGGUUAUGUAUACGUCAAGGAGAUCCCGUCGACAAAAAGUGGCAAAUGGAGCGAAUGUGUAACGUUUUCAGACAGUGUCAUGUGUGUUUGGUGAUCCCAGGUGGCUUGCAACGUUUAGCAAAUGUCUAUGAAGAGACGCCAUGGAUUACGAGGGCGUGGACUCUUCCAGAAGUCCUUGCUGCUCCAACUGCGCAGAUUAUGACUACCUUCGCUCCGACAUCUCUAAAUGAGUUCUUGUGGGGGUCCACGGACCCACUGUAUGGCAUGCGACUCUUCGGACGCCAACGCCAUCGAUCCUUCCUGGUAGAUGCCCUGUCACUGAGAAGUCGCAGUUCCACGGACAAACAGAAGUAUUACCGAAACUUGACAAUAUGGAAAUGCGCACUCAUCCGGGCGGCGUCGAACAUCGAGGACCUCUUGCCGAGUGUUAUAGGUCUUUUUGAAACAUCUGAGGAAGGGCUUCAAUUGGAGAGCCUGAUAACGCAGUUCAAGAAGGAGGUCUGCGACCCGUAUUCCAGGGAUCUUCGUGUAAUAGCGUUCAGAGAUGCCGUCUUCCUUUCAGGCAUCAACAUUUCCGCCCAGUGGCAAGAGCUCAUACGAUCUAUUCCAGCCCUGGCAUUGCCAGAGGAGGAAAAGUGGCAGACAUCACAGCCAUGCAUAAUUCCCAAUUAUCAAUCACCUUGGGAACGCUUCCCGAUUAGCAAUGCAUAUAAGAUCGCGUUGUCGGAGCUGCAGAAUACCGUGCAUGAUAUUUCGUCAGUCUCGACCCCGUGCGCCUUCAGGCUCCUCGACUGCAAGAGGUACAUCGAAGAACACACUGUCGUCAUCUAUGAAACUCCCGAUAUUCCCAAUGUCCCUUAUGCAGCUAUAUCGUACCCUUGGGUGGGAGCUCCCUGCCAUUACUUCGCUCCUACUAGCAGCACGUUCAAAGUGAUCCAAGAUACCGGUCGGUUAGGUGACCCAAUAUGUACCGAAGUGGUACACUUGGCGUGCACUUUGUCAAUUCGGGAAGGUGCGGACUUCCUCUGGGUGGACAGGCUCUGCAUCCGGCAGAUGGAUUCCAAGGACAAAGCAUGGCAGAUCAGCCGCAUGUGCGAUGUAUAUAGACUGUGUCACACAUGCAUCAUAUUCCCUGGCGGGUUGCAACGCUUGGUUGGAUUGGAUGAAGAAACGCCGUGGGUUACGCGCAUGUGGACCUUGCAAGAAGCCAUUGUUCCUUCUAGAGCGUUGGUCCUUUACUUUUCGACUGACUCUCAGUCCUCACAGAAUUCCAUGCUUCCACCGCCUCACGCGAAAGCGCUCACAUCGACUAAUUUAGUUUACUACAGUCCGUUGGAAGACCUUUUGCCGACAACUAUGACGAAGAAAGACAGUGAAAUACGGCUGUUUGGCCAUGUGUCUCAUGGCUAUGCUCUUCUUUUACGUGACGCUAUAUCCUUGCAAGGCCAGGAUGUCACUUACGAACAGAGAUAUCAACGAUACCUUGCCACAUGGCGGAGCGCUGUUACACGCAGUUCCGAUCGCCCUCAGGAUUUAUUACUCAGCACCAUGGGCCUCUUCGGCAUCUCACUUUCGGAAGGUGAACAACGCUCCUCGGCGACCAUUAUUGCGGCAUUUGUCAAUGAGUUUCAGAAUCAUGGUAUUGCCGAUGUUCGCGUUGUCGCAUUUAGGGAUGCUGUACGUCGAGCAGAGACAACACUUACAAUGCAUUGGAGACAACUCAUAGAAGAGUUCGAUCGUUCUCUUCCUCUCCUGCACAACGGGAUUGCUCCCACUUCCGAUCAUCAACUCCCUCUCGAUCGAAUUGGCAAACCGGUAGUGCACGAUGGCUUUGGACAAGACGUCUUCCUUGGUUCUGCACUCCUAAUCACAGGAGCGGAGCAUUCCUUACAUCCUUGUAAGAUCGUACUUUCCAGCUCGGGCGCUUUCUCGCCUCUUGUUCCGUUUGAUGGUCACGAGAAAGAACACGAGGGCCGAUGGGAACUCCAACCAUUCCUUCCAGAGCGGAUGGAAUGGGUUGACAGCGCUCAUGGUGAAGUCCCUCUAGGAAGAGAACCUGUUGAAGGAGGCUAUGAAAAGGAUGCACGGUACAGACGACAAAGAAGCUUGUAUUAUGCUUUAGCCACCGUCAUAGACGAUGAGGGUCGACAGGAACAGGUCCCUGGAAAGACAGGUCUUCACUUGGGUGGCUGUUGCGUCGGUUUUGGUGGUAAGGAGCAUUUUAUACGUGAGGAUUACAUGAUUCUGUACGCCCCCUACUUGUUGCAGGAGCAGGUUGCUCAUGAUGACGUUACUCUCUCAUCUAGAUGUUGGAAAGAAAGUGCCCAGGUUGCAAUGAAGACGGCUGUUAAUGCUAAGUUGGAUGAUGAAUUGUUUUGGGGCAGGCCAAAUUUACCCAUGGUAUCGGGUCUGCCAGUCAUCCAGGCGGAUCGAUGAAGCAACGUGGUUGUCCAUGGUGGUCACAGUGUCAGACACAUUGUACGGUCUGGUACUUUCAGCACAAUGUUUAGUCGAGAGACAGCCUACAGAUCCCCAGAUGCCGAAGGCAGCGUUUAGGUGGGCGGUGGGAGCAAUAUAAAUGAGAUCCCUUGACCUUCGUCGUCUGUGUGCGGGUCUAGUGUGAUAUUUUUGUUACGUCCUUGUUCAGUGACGGACCAUCGGCCGAAUUUCAGCGUCUAGAGACUUGCCAGGACGCUCUCGUUCAUUCAAUUCUCACGAGAAUACACUUAUACGAUCAGU